AUGCUUUCAUUCCGACUGCCAUCUAUCAACAAACUGCUGCCGUGGGGAGACCGGGUGCUUUUCGCGGUGCCGUCUGUCAAAAUCCACGAUAUUGAUACGGCUCUGGAGAAGCCCGCCCGCGCUCUGAAGCAUCUACUCAAACUGAACCACGCCAACCAUGCGAUUUUGUACAAUGAACGAAGAUUCCAUAAUCAUGCCCCCCACAUCCUUUGUUCAUCUUUCCUGCAAGGAGCGGACGCAGAUGACUUGAACCGUGUCUAUGAGGCUGAAUCCAAGCAUCUUGAAGUUUGGACAGAUGCACCGGCUGAGAUCAGUCUUUAUGACUGGAGGGACUACUUGGGGUGCAGAGAAUACCAGCGUGCCUUUGUGGACUUUUUUGAGGAUGAACUCGUUCGCCAGGGAUAUGAUUGGAAGAGUGUCGUCAAUGAGUAUCUCUUCUCGGGCAAAGAGCCAUUGUUCAACUCCGUUGUUGCUGAUCUUGGACAUCCCCUGAUUCAUCUGGCAUAUGCUUUUGAACUUUCCAGCCGCGAAGUCGCCAUGGAAGCCCUGGCCAUGACCUCAACCUGCUACAGCAGCAUCCACAAGUAUCUGGACGACCCUUCCUACGCUCAGGCCGAGUCAUCCUACCAGUCCAACUCCCUCUUUGAGAUCAUCAACAAGGUCCGUACCGACAAGCAAUUCAACGGCCUCUUUGGAACCCCCGGCGACCACAACAUCGAAGUCAUCUUCCGUGAACGCGAAGCCGCCCUUCUCAACCACUGGAACGCGUGGAAGAUCCAAGAUCCCGUCAAGCAGUUCCGGGAGAGCCAAGAACUUGCCGCCGCCGUCUUGAUGGGCACUCAUUCCGACCGAACCAGUGAACAGUACGAUUUCUUCUUCGUUCACAUUCUGACUACCAGCCACGCGGUCCGGGUCCUCCUGCCACUCAUCCCUCCCCAAUUUCAGGUCUCUCUGGUUCGACAGUGGUGGCUCUUAACGCUGUCCGUCUACAUUGCUCAACUCCGACCGGAACUCGACCUGGACCGGAUCCGCAAGUACGAGCUCACUGGCCGCGACUGGACCUGGACCGCCAAGCAGGCCGUCAAGGGCGAAUACUCGACUGAUACACACUACGUGAAAGCGCUGCGAGCGUUCCGGGAAUGUGCCGAUACCUGGGGAGACGCGGAGUCUUUCUAUCUCAAGGCGGCGGUCAAGUUUGGCGAGGAAUUCAACGGUUGGGGAGGAUUUAUCUGA